UGUCCUUGGGGUAGAAUUACCUGACAUCCUGGCUGGGAUUUGGUAGUGGUGUGUGCUUAAAAGAACAACCUUUAGCACAGCUGGCACAGACGUAAAUGCCAAGCACAGGCUCGGCAAAGCUCCACCCCCUCAUUCUGGGUGCUCUCCAAUUCUUGUGGGCCAUAAAAAAUAGCAAGGUGUAACUGCAUUCCUAGGAUCGCUAUAUCCUUUAACCAGUAAAUGAACUUUUUUUUGUCUACACCUUUGACAAAAUGCCACUCAUUAUGUGAAGUGGUUUGUUCAGUCCAAUUUUGAUGAAAACCCUUAAGGACAGAAACAUAUAGAGUACUUAGCACACUGUAAAUCACAAAAGUGUUUAACGAUGACAGUAACUGGGAUAACGGAAUGUGCUCUGAGUGGAUGGUUUACAGGUCUUUAGAUGUAUUUAAAAAGGUAUAAAAGAGAUUCAUUUAUAGAAUGAGAUGGGAAUUCCCAGAGGAACUACAGUUCUGUCAAAAGUUAACUAGAAAAGGACCAGUGCUUCUCGGUGAUAUACAUUUAUGUUUCAAUAAAACCAAAAAGUAUUCCAAAUUAGAUCACUUGCCUCAAAUCUCAGUUUUCUUUUAUUCCUGAAUCCAUUCAGUCAUUCCUUUAUUCAACAAAUACUAUUUUUAUAUUAUUUAUGCUUCCUAUUCAAUUAUCCCUUCUUUUAUUCAACAUUUACAAACUGCCCGUUAGUUGUAAUAAUACAAUGGCAAAUGAUCCUUGCCUUUGGGGUGCUUAGGAUCUAGUUAAAUAUUCAUUCUUUCUUUCAUUUAUUUACUAAAGUGUUUACUGUGUGCCCAUAUGUUCUGGGGAUACAGUAAGAAAGAGCACAGGACCCUCAGGUAAUGGAAUUACAUUCUAGUGGGUGGAAGGAAGAGCAAAAGCAAAGGCCCUGAGGCAGCUUUGAGCAUGGCUAGAGCUCAGUUAGUGAAGGAGGCACAGGACCAAAUGCGGUGGAGAGGUAUGCAGGGGCUAGAUUAUGUACAGUCCCACCAGCAUGGUAUGUAAUUUGAAUGUACAUUCAUAUACACAUACAAACAUAUUACACACACUUGGUGAGCUAAUCUUCACAUUACAUUACAAACUCCCCAUUAAAUUUAGUUAUUUUUCAACCUAAAUAUUUUCAGAAGAAGGUUGGUUAGUCAAAAUCUGGAGAAGGCUACUGUGAUGUCUUUGUUAAGGGUGGGCUGAGAGCUUAAAAAAAAAAAAGUAGGGGAGCUGCCUUUCUUGCUAAGAGUUGUCCUUCUGAUGAGAAGAGGUGGCAGCUGUGGGAGGAGAGAGGCAGGGCCCUCAUCUUUGCAAGUCUUUGGCACUGCAUGACCUCUCUGAGCACCCAAAUCAGAGGUGGGGAAAAGACCUGCUUAGCUAGGUGGACCUUCAAGAAAAUUAAGAUUUGAGGCAAAGAAAUCUGGGGCCUAGAAUUUUUUAUUCCCCACUUGGCAGAACCGUCUGAAAGUCUGAAACACUUCUGUAUGACGUGGCUGCAGUGGCCGUGCCUGAAUCUCCAUCACUAACCCUCCACCCUCACCCCACCGUCUAAUAAGAACAUAUAGUAUUUUCUCGAAUUUUCCUAAACAUUAUGCAAAACGGCUCUUCUCUCCAAACAGAUUGCCUCCCCUAAACCCUUCCAAUAUAUAAGUUCUGGAGGUGUCACUAGAUUAGUGUACUUCAGUUUCUUAAUAUAUAUACUACAGAAUAAUGAUAUAUGACCCGAUACUUUCUUCCAGGUUUUUCUUUAAAGGAAUAGUGGCGUUAUGUAAAACAAUAGCUUUUAAAAGAUAUGGUUAAAGCAGGGGAGAAAACAGCCCACCUGUAAUUCUCGGUAUUUUAACUUAGGUCCCGCGUCUGGGUAAUCCUCCUAAGUCCUUGAAGCUAGGCAGUGAAGUAAAAAAGCGACUACAACUCCCAAGAGAAAUUGUGUCCACAUCCUCUGCGCACGCUCGACCUCUGUGGCUGCGUAGGGCACCGAGCCGAGGAGGCGGGGCUUGGGCCUAAGCAGCGGGCCGUGGGCGGGGCUAGAGGCGUGGCCACAAAGGGGGCGGUGCUGCCGGCGAGGCCCGGAACACGCUAGCGGAGUGGAAGAUGGCGGCGGCAGCGGUGGCUGCAGCCGGGACCCCAGUCGGGCUGAGGCGGAGGAGCCGCCGGUUCUGACCUCGCUCUGGCUUCAGUGCGCGCGGCGGAGCGUGUGCGAGGCCCCGCGCGUCGGACAGGGGCGGCGGCGACUGCGCGCCGCCUUGAGGAGCGUCCCGGCGGCGGCGCGGCUGCGGCUGAGGAGAGAGCCGGCUCCGGGCCUCCGCGUCCUUCUGCUCCCCGGGCCCCCCGCCUCCUCGGGGGGGCGGCGGCGGCGAUGUUCUCGGUCCUCUCGUACGGGAGACUGGUGGCCCGCGCCGUGCUCGGCGGCCUCUCGCAGACCGACCCCAGGGCCGGCGGCGGCGGCGGCGGCGGCGACUACGGGCUCGUGACGGCCGGCUGCGGCUUCGGCAAGGACUUCCGUAAGGGCCUCCUUAAGAAGGGCGCGUGCUACGGGGACGAUGCGUGCUUCGUAGCCCGGCACCGCUCGGCAGACGUGCUCGGGGUCGCAGAUGGUGUAGGAGGAUGGAGAGACUAUGGAGUUGAUCCGUCUCAGUUCUCAGGGACUUUAAUGCGGACAUGUGAACGGUUAGUAAAAGAAGGACGGUUCGUCCCGAGUAAUCCCAUUGGAAUCCUCACCACAAGCUACUGUGAGUUGCUGCAAAAUAAAGUACCUUUGCUUGGUAGCAGUACUGCCUGCAUCGUGGUGCUGGACAGAACUAGCCACCGCUUACACACAGCAAACCUGGGCGACUCAGGCUUUCUGGUUGUCAGGGGUGGUGAAGUUGUGCACCGAUCAGAUGAACAGCAGCAUUACUUCAACACUCCGUUCCAGCUCUCAAUCGCACCCCCCGAAGCCGAGGGAGUCGUCUUGAGUGACAGCCCGGAUGCCGCUGAUAGCACAUCUUUUGAUGUCCAGUUAGGAGACAUUAUCCUGACGGCAACAGAUGGACUCUUUGACAACAUGCCUGAUUAUAUGAUCCUUCAGGAGCUAAAAAAGUUAAAGAAUUCAAAUUAUGAGAGUAUACAACAGACGGCAAGAAGCAUUGCUGAGCAAGCUCAUGAGCUGGCCUAUGACCCAAAUUAUAUGUCACCUUUUGCACAGUUUGCAUGUGACAAUGGAUUGAAUGUGAGAGGUGGAAAGCCAGAUGACAUCACCGUCCUUCUUUCAAUAGUGGCUGAGUAUACAGACUGACUCACCUAGGUGUCAACUCCUGCCUCUCCUUUCAUCAUCCCAAAUUCUCCCCUACCGUGUGUGCUGAUCCUGCUGGCAGGACCAUGUUUCUUUGCUACUGAUCUCAAUGGCCAGUGAUGUAAGCCUUUUGCCUGUCUUUUUGAGACCCCAUUGAGAUCUUUGUUGAGAACCACUACUGUCAUUCACUAGCUCAUAUCUGCCAGCAACAUUUGAAGAGAAUCAAGAUUUGAAGAUUGGCCUUGACUUCACAUUGUCCUUUCCAUGAUGGGAUGGAGGUUUUCAAAGCCAAAAUGUCUAUUACUUUUCAAAAACGGUUGAAGUAUUGAAAAUGAGUAAUAUUGGUAAAGUGAAUUCAAAAUUGGAAUGUGUUAAAGGGAUUUUAAAAGUCUAACACAAAUUGUAUGUUAUGGUACAUCUACUAGAAACAUACGUUAUUCAUCAAAACAUAUGUUACACGUGUACUAUACAGUCUGUGUUAUGAUUGGGUGUGGCUUUAUGUUUUCAUUAUAAACUCCUAUUUUUCAGGGGCUUAUAAUCUUGCUCUAAAACAUUGCUCUGGAUUACAAAAUCUUGAUCCGGGGAGCUUUUUUUUUGGUUACAAGUUGGAGGAAAAAUUCAGUUUAGUUCUAUGUAUGCAAAUGUUUCAUGGUUUUUAAAAGAUGCUUAAUUGUGUUCCUGUGAUGAAAGUUUCAGCAGUUUAUUGAUUACUGCAUAUCACAGGCUGGUGGCCUGAUCUGCAGGGGGGGUUGGGGAGACUCCUUACCAAAAAUUUUUAAUGGAAACAUUAUUCAAGGUUAUAAAAUUCCUCAAAGCCUACAAAUUUAAUGUUACAGCUGAAAUUCCUCCCAGCUAUCUGAUAUGAUGCCCCUGUGUGGGAGCUUAAGGACCAUAGGCCUGAUGGGUUGAGAAUGGAACAGCUCUAACUUUGAAUUUUGUUGGCCUUUGAUGGUCACGCUAUACCCCUUGUCUCACUCUCAGACCUGUUGUUAGUAGCCUUGCUUUCUGUAGAGCAUGUACCAAAUUCAGGGAGUCCCUGUGGAAAGAGCACUGUGGGCAGUGGCACAAGAGUCCACGAGGAAAACUCCUAGUGAUGAUCUGACAUUUGCAUUUGCCCUACACAGAAAUUUAGGGGUUUCUGAAUCAAGCUUAAUGUUUACAGUUUCCGAAUAGCCAUCUUGCAGUGUAUAGUUUCCUUAUAAAAUUACCCCACAUUCAGUUUUUCCAUUAUCUGCAAGCUCAAACUUAUUUUUAAGGUUUGUGUACAAGUCGACUGCUGUAAAGAUAUAUAUUUUUGGGUCAGUUUUUUUCCUUCAUUAACUUCAUGGUAGAAAAAUAUAUAUACUUAGAAAUCCUUAAAUUAAAGCCAUGUUUUAUAUAUGUCAGGUAACAUUGGUGUAUAGAUGAGAAUGCAAUUAAACCUAAUGAGAAUCUACUUGAGAAUAUAGAAAGUCUCUUUCUCUAAAGGAGAUACUUACUCCCUGGUUUAUUGCAUUAAAACUUACGUUUGAGGUUACCUCAACUUGUUUUAAAAGAUUUUGUUUUGUGAAUUUGUACUGUAUAUUUGAGUAACUGUCAAGCUUUUGUUUUAUUUAAAAUUGUUUAACAUGUACCAUGUACAUGUCAUUACUAUAUUUCAAUGCAUCAUGCUUGUAACAGGCAUUUCAUUUAUAAUAAGAAUGAGUUAUUCAUUUGUAAGCCGUUCAGUAAUUUAUCUACUAUUCCUAAAUUGGCAUAAUGUUAGAUAUCUAUUUUGAAUCACCUUUAAUUACAUGUCAGAAUGCCUUAACUACCCUAACUUGACAAAACAGAAUUCUUUGGUAGAGGAGAUGGGGGUGGGGUGGGGGGGUGGAGAGAGACUCUGUUUAAAUAAUGAGAAUCCAUUGUGCUGUGAUAAAACACAGAAGCGUGAGUGGCAAGUGGCGGGGUAUUUAUUUUGCACAAACUAUUUGCAGUCUCUGUGUAUUUAAAAAGUAAAGAAAGUUGCAUCCAGAAGGGUUUUGUUGGAAGGAAUACAUUUACACUUGGGCUGACAACUUCA